AUGGGGUUUCCAACGUUCGGAAAUCUCGCGUGGCAGCCGAGCUCAGGGUCCCUGACCUCGAAGCCAUGUUUCCUAGCUUUCGUCGCUAUCAUCUUCCUCAUAAUAUACAUUCUCAUCCAUGACUUUUUCCUCUGGCUUCGUCUUCCACCAGGUCCAACCCCAAUUCCAUUCCUCGGCAACAAGUUCAUAAUUCCAAGCUCCUCACCAUGGAUCCAGUUUGAGAAAUGGUCUCACAAAUACGGCCCCAUCUUUACUCUCUGGAUCGGUCGGCGCCCUACAAUCAUUAUAUCUGACCCCAACAUCGCCGUGGAUCUACUCGAGAAGCGCAGUACAAAAUUCAGCUCCCGCCCACGCUUCGUAGUGAUGGGCGAACUGUACUGGGACAACGCCGGGAUCUUAGUCCAGCCCUACGGGAAGGAAUGGCAAGUUCGUCGAAGAAUGCUGCACCAGGCACUCAAUUCAUCUGCACUAAGAUUAUACAAGCCAGUCCAGGAGGCCGAGGCCGCAAGACUAUGUGGUUCCCUUCUCAACAGACCAGAAGACUACGAAGGUCUCAUCGACCGGUUCACCGCAAGUGUGGUAUUCAGCAUCGCAUACGGCCACAGAAUCGACUCCAUGACCUCAAAAAUGAUUCGCCAAAGGCUAGAGUUCAUGCAAUACUCCGCAUCACUCAAUGUCCCCGGUCGCUAUCUAGUCGAAACAAUGCCCUGGCUCAAGUACAUACCAAAUAUCUUCACGCCCUGGAAAGCAGAGAUCCAACGACGAGGACGAGAAGAAGCUGCCGUGAAUAUGAACCUGCUGAACCAAGUCAAAGACGAACUCAGCACUGCAAAAUUAUCCUCUGACAUCCCAAAUUCACUUUCAAAAUUGCUCCUUCAAGCACGAGCCGCAGAUCCGACUUCUUUCGGAAUCAUCAGCGAAAGAGAUUUCUCCUUCGUACCUGCUUCCCUCUUCGGUGCAGGGAGCGACACUACAGCAAGCACGCUGUGUACUGCAAUACUGAUGCUGGUCAUCAAUCCACAAAUCCAGGCAAUAGCCCACGCAGAACUAGACCACGUCAUCGGCUCAACACGUCUCCCAGCAUUCACCGAUGAAGAUAAUCUUCCCUACAUCAAGGCCCUAUGUCAAGAAACGCUUCGUAUCCGGCCCGUCGCCGUGCUUGGUGGGACACCGCACGCAAAUUCCGUGUCGGAUACAUACAACGGCUACUUCAUUCCCAAAGGCACAACGAUUCUUUCUAACAGUUGGGCCAUAAAUCUCAAUACAAGCUACUAUCCCAACCCACACCGCUUCAAUCCGCUACGAUUCCUGAGCUGUGAUUCGAGUCAACUUCCAUAUGUACCAGCGUUUUCAGAUGAAGAUCUUGCUGAGCUUUCGCCGGAGAAAAUUCAUCCUGCAAAGGAGGGUCAUAGUUCUUUUGGUUGGGGGCGGCGUAUAUGCCCUGGGGCGGGGUUGGCACAUAACUCAUUGUUUAUUGCGCUGGUCCGCCUUUUAUGGGUGUUUCAAUUUGAGCCGGAGAGGGAGCAUGAUGGGUCUGAGCGGGUUUAUGACUCUUUUGCGUAUACGCAGGGGUUCAAUAUUCGGCCGAAGGCUUUUCAGUGUGGGAUUAUUGUUCGUGACGAGGAGAGACGACGGGUUUUGGAAGGGGAGUUGGAGAAGGCUGAUUUCGUUAUGAGCCAGUUUCCGCCAUUUGAGGAGUAA